AUGGGAAGCUGCCGGAACCCCGGCCCGCCGCCCGCCGGACUCGGCCUGCUCCUGGCCGCGCUGCAGCUUCUGUCCCGGACCCUGGCUGCAGAGCCUGUGGACGUGCUCACAGCCUUGGGUAUACGUGGGAGCCAUGCUGGGGUUCCUCAGGUUCCUGGCUUCUGCCCCCAGAGGGCUCCACAGGGUGACCAGGCAUUCAGAGUGGGCAGGACCAGCAUACUCAGUGUCCCCACAUGGGAGCUCUUUCCAGACGAGUACUUUCCUGGGAACUUCUCUGUGAUGGCCACUCUGCGGGGCCGGCCAGCCAAUCAGUCUGUCCUUCUAUCUGUUUAUGAUGAGAAGGGUGUCCGGCAGCUAGGCCUGGCACUGGGGCCGGUUCUGGGCCUUCUUGGUGACUCCUUCAGUCCCCUCCCCCAGCAGGUCAAUCUCAUGGAUGGCAGGUGGCACCGUGUGGCAAUUAGUAUAGAUGGUGACAAGAUGACUGUGGCCACUGACUGUGAAUUUCAGCUGCCUGUGCCAGGCCAGGGGCCUCGCUUCAUCAGCACAGCUGGACUCACUGUAAUGGGGACCCAAGACAUCAGAGAGGAGACUUUUGAGGGAGACAUCCAGGAGCUAAUGAUAAGUGCAGACCCUCAGGCUGCCUUCCAUGCCUGUGAGCACUACCUCCCCGGCUGUGACAACCUGGACCCCACAACCCAGCAGGCCCCCAUGGAUGAACCAGAAGCACCUCCUCCUCGCCGCAAGGGCAAGGGCAAAGGGAAGAAAAAAAGACCAGGUGUCAAGGGAAAGGGCAGAAAGAAAAAGAACAAGGGCGUUGUGAUGUCGAGUCCAGCACCUGCGUACCUGGAGAACCAGACCUCCCUUGACACCCUCAUGACUGAGACAUCUGUUUCAAGUCUGCUUUCAACUCCCAUGCCUUUGGUCAUCACCACCUCUGUGACUACUGGCCACAGCGUUACCAUCCUGCAGGGAGGGUUGGCUCCUGACAAUGAAACAGAGCUGAGGACCCCAGAGACUGAGACCGUUGAAGAAGAUGAAAAAGAUGGUGACCUCUCUAUGGGCCCUGAAUUCCGAGCAGCUGAACAGCCUUCACGCACUGAGUUCCAGAUCUUUCCUGGCGCCGGAGAAAAGGGAGCAAAAGGGGAACCUGCAGUGGUAGAACAGGGACAGAAAUUUGAGGGACCUCCGGGAGCUCCAGGACCUCGAGGGAUGGCUGGCCCUUCAGGUCCUCCUGGCCCCCCAGGAUUUCCUGGGGAUCGUGGUUUACCGGGUCCUGCUGGCCUCCCGGGAGUCCCUGGGAUGGAUGGAGUCCGGGGCCCACCUGGCACUGUGGUCAUGAUGCCGUUCCAGUUUGCAAGCAGCAGCAACUUGAAAGGACCCCAAGUCUCCUUCCAACAGGCUCAGGCCCAGGCAGUACUUCAGCAGGCUCAGCUGUCCAUGAAAGGCCCUCCUGGCCCAGUGGGACUCACUGGGCGCCCAGGACCUGUGGGUCUCCCUGGAUACCCAGGUCUAAAAGGAGAAGCAGGAGAAGUGGGGCUACAGGGUCCCCGAGGACUACAGGGUCCACCCGGACCUCCUGGCCGAGAAGGCAAGAUGGGCCGUGCUGGAGCAGAUGGGGCUCGGGGUCUCCCAGGAGACACAGGACCUAAAGGAGAUCGGGGCUUUGAUGGCCUGCCAGGCCUGCCUGGUGAAAAAGGGCAAAGAGGUGACUUUGGCCAUGUAGGGCAACCUGGUCCUCCAGGAGAGGAUGGUGAGAAGGGAGCACAGGGACCUCCAGGGCCGACUGGUCAGGCCGGGGAGCAGGGUCCCCGAGGUCUGAUUGGUCCUAGAGGCUCCCCUGGCCCCCUGGGACGCCAGGGUGUGACCGGAAGUGAUGGUGCCCCAGGUGCCAAAGGCAAUGUGGGUCCUCCAGGAGAACCAGGCCCCCCAGGACAGCAGGGAAACCAUGGGUCCCAGGGAAUUCCUGGCCCCCAGGGGCCCAUUGGCAUUCCUGGGGAGAAGGGUCCCCCUGGAAGCCCAGGAAUUCCAGGUGUCCCAGGAGCUGAUGGACCUCCGGGUCAUCCAGGCCAUGAGGGUCCUACAGGAGAAAAAGGGGCCCAGGGUCUACCAGGGUCGGCAGGCCCUCUGGGCUAUCCUGGACCUCGGGGCAUUAAGGGUACUGCUGGCAACCGGGGCCUUCAAGGAGAGAAAGGCGAAAGGGGAGAGGAUGGCUUCCCUGGUUUCAAGGGUGAUGGGGGACUGAAAGGCGAUUGGGGAAACCCAGGUCCAGCAGGUCCCCGGGGAGAAGAUGGCCCUGAGGGACCAAAGGGGCUUGAAGGUCUGCCAGGGGAGAGGGGCCCCACAGGAACAGUAGGAGAGAAGGGCAACCUUGGGGUUCCUGGGGUUCCAGGUUACCCAGGACGCCCAGGACCUAAGGGAUCUAUUGGAUUUCCUGGGCCUCUGGGACCACUAGGAGAGAAAGGAAAACGGGGGAAAGCAGGACAGCCAGGGUUGGAAGGAGAGCGGGGAACACCAGGUGCCCGUGGAGAGAGGGGGCAGCCAGGGGCCACAGGCCAACCCGGCCCCAAGGGAGACGUGGGCCAGGACGGGUCCACUGGAAUCCCUGGAGAAAAAGGUCUACCUGGUGUGCAAGGCCCCCCAGGAUUCCCCGGGCCAAAGGGCCCCCCUGGUCCCCAGGGGAAAGAUGGGAUACCAGGACACCCUGGUCAGAGAGGAGAAUUGGGCUUCCAAGGUCAGACAGGCCCUCCAGGACCAGCUGGCGUCUUGGGACCUCAGGGGAAGAUAGGGGAUGUGGGCCCUCUUGGUGAGAGGGGACCCCCAGGGCCCCCUGGACCUCCUGGCGAUCAAGGUCUUCCAGGCCUGGAAGGUAGAGAGGGAGCCAAGGGUGAACUAGGACCCUUGGGACCCCUUGGGAAGGAAGGAGCACCGGGGCCCAGAGGCUUCCCUGGCCCCCAAGGAGCCCCUGGAGAACCUGGACCUAUUGGUUUGAAGGGUGACAAGGGCCCCCCUGGCCCUGUUGGAGCCAAUGGAUCUCCUGGUGAGCGUGGCCCUGUGGGUCCCUCAGGUGGCAUUGGGCUUCCAGGUCAAAGUGGCGGUCAAGGUCCCAUUGGUCCUGCAGGCGAGAAGGGGUCCCCAGGAGAACGUGGAGCCCCUGGUCCCACUGGCAAAGAUGGAAUGCCAGGGCCUCUAGGGCUUCAGGGCCCCCCUGGUGCUGCUGGACCUUCUGGUGAAGAAGGAGAUAAGGGGGAAGUGGGCGCCCCUGGCCACAAGGGGAGUAAAGGCGAUAAGGGAGAUGCGGGCCCCCCUGGACCGAUAGGGAUACAGGGUCCUGUGGGACACCCUGGUCCACCGGGUGCUGAUGGGGCUCAGGGCCGCCGGGGACCCCCUGGCCUCUUUGGACAGAAGGGAGACGAUGGUGUCCGAGGUUUCGUGGGUGCAAUCGGUCCCCAGGGCCUGCAGGGGCUUCCAGGCCCUCCUGGAGAGAAGGGUGAGGUUGGAGGUGUAGGGCCCAUGGGUCCUCAUGGAGCUCCAGGGCCUCGGGGUCCCCAUGGGCCCAGCGGAUCAGAGGGCCCCCCAGGACUGCUUGGAGGAGUAGGUCAGCCUGGUGCUGUGGGAGAGAAGGGUGAGCCAGGAAAUCCUGGAGAUGCAGGACCCCCAGGAAUCCCUGGCAUCCUGGGUUCCAAAGGUGAAGUUGGUGAAAAGGGGGACACUGGUCCAUCGGGGGCUGCUGGACCCCCAGGCAAGAAAGGCCCCCCUGGGGAGGAUGGACCCAAAGGGAGCAUGGGUCCCACAGGGCUUCCUGGAGAUCUAGGGCCCCCAGGAGACCCUGGAGUUCCGGGUAUAGAUGGCAUUCCGGGGGAGAAGGGAGAGGCUGGUGAUGUUGGGGGACCGGGGCCACCUGGUGCUUCUGGAGAACCUGGCACUCCUGGACCUCCCGGCAAGAGAGGUCCCCCAGGCCGCAUGGGUCGAGAAGGCAGAGAGGGAGCGCAAGGUGCCAAGGGCGAUCCAGGUCCUGUUGGGCCCCCAGGCAGGACAGGCCCUGUGGGAGCUCGAGGGCCUCCUGGGCGAGUGGGGCCUGAAGGUCUUCAAGGGAUCCCUGGCCCAGUGGGUGAACCAGGCCUCCUGGGACCUCCUGGGCUGAUGGGCCCUCCAGGCCCCCUGGGGCCAUCUGGCCUCCCAGGACUGAAGGGCGAUGCUGGCCUAAAAGGGGAGAAGGGUCAUAUGGGAUUAAUUGGUCUUAUUGGUCCCCCUGGAGAAGCUGGUGAAAAAGGGGAUGGAGGGUUACCAGGCGUGCAGGGCCCCCCAGGCCCCCCUGGAGAUGCUGGUCUCCCUGGUCCCACUGGCUCUUUAGGUCACCCAGGACCCCCAGGUGUGGUGGGUCCUCUGGGACAGAAAGGCUCCAAGGGGUCCCCGGGAUCUCUUGGUCCUCGUGGAGACACUGGACCUGCAGGUCCCCCUGGGCCCCCCGGUCCUCCUGCCGAGUUUCACAGACUGCGCAGGCGCCGCCGCUCAGUUCUGGGAGCUCCCGAGGGCGGCCUGGAGGAGGUGGUGGCCUCACUCAACUCUCUGAGCUUGGAGCUAGAGCAGCUAAGGCGACCGCCGGGCACAGCUGAGCACCCCGGGCUCAUGUGCCACGAACUGCACCGCAAUCACCCGCACCUGCCGGAUGGGGAAUAUUGGAUUGACCCCAACCAGGGCUGCACACAGGAUGCCUUCAGGGUUUUCUGCAACUUCACGUCUGGAGGAGAGACCUGUCUCUAUCCGGACAAAAAGUUUGAGACUGUGAAACUGGCCUCGUGGUCCAAGGAGAAGCCUGGAGGCUGGUAUAGCACCUUCCGGCGAGGGAGGAAGUUCUCCUAUGUGGACGCCGAUGGGUCCCCAGUCAGCGUGGUGCAGCUGACCUUCCUGAAGUUACUGAGUGCCACAGCCCAUCAACGCUUCACCUAUUCCUGCCAGAAUUCGGCUGCCUGGCUGGAUGAAGCCAUGGGUAACCAUGACCGUUCCUUGCGCUUCCUGGGGUCCAAUGGAGAAGAGCUAUCCUUCAACCAGUCAACAGCAGUCACCAUCAGAGUCCCCCAUGAUGGCUGCCGGCUACGGAAGGGACAAGCAAAGACCCUCUUGGAAUUCAGCUCUUCCCGAGUGGGCUUUUUACCCCUGUGGGAUGUAGCCGCCAUUGACUUUGGACAGACGAACCAGAAGUUUGGGUUUGAACUUGGCCCUGUGUGCUUUGGCAGCUGAGAGUCUUGGGGGUGGCAAGGAUAGCAAGGGAGCCCUACACGGGCCACACAUGGUGCUGAGGCUUUGAAGCCACCAUAUUUAUCAUCUCCUGGGAUUAUGGAGCCCGGGGCUUUGUAACUCCUUAUUCCUUCUCCCUAGUAGAGAUCUGAGGGAUGGAGGGUCCAACUCCCUGUACACAUUAAAGGUGGCAUAACUGUAGCCUGGCUCUAUCUUCCCCCCAUCCAACCAUCCAUGUUCUCCCCCAGGCCCCUAUGCAGUGAGCUAAUGAAAGCCCCACAUGCUUGCCUCCUACCCUCCAUCAGUGCCCUCAGUACCCUUUGGUGCUACCCUUCCCCAUAGUAAAGCACUGGAUAUCUCUCAACCCCAGGCCAGGAUCCUUCUGCUCAUUCCGACUCCACUCCCACUUGGGUGCAUGAUGAAGGUCUGAUUUCCCUUCAAGGAAAUAUGUCUUCCUAUGCUGCCUCAGCCCAGCUCCAAACGUCUCCUUCCCCCAAACCCACCCCACCACCAUAUCCCUAAACUCAUCUUGCCAGGCCAGAUAUCUUGCAGAUCAAAAUGGCUGGCAUCCUAACUGAUCCUAAGUGAUUCUAAGUGGUGCUGUCCUAUUUAUACCUGGGUCUGUAGUAAAAAGGGAAUUGCUCCCUCUGUGGUCUGUGGUAUAGUUAAUCUGCUUCCUCAUAGGGGAGGCAAGGAUAUGAUGACAUAUUCUAGAAUAAUCUACAACCCCUCCCCUAUCCACCACACACCCCCAGGCCAUAGGGAAAAAUUGACAUCUCAAGUCUGAGAAUAAACCAAUGAACUGUG